UUAUGUUCAUUCAGUUAUCAAUGUUGAGUUGGGUGGUUCCUCUUGAUUAAAUAUUGCAAGAAUCGAGUUUCGCAUAAAUCUCUUCGGGUUUUUACCGUAAUUUUAUAUAACAAACCUUGAUGUUAUUGUUUUACUCAAAAUUGAAAGAUUUGUGAUCUAAUUUCAUUAGAAUUUCCACUAAAAAGUCUUGGAAUUGUUAGAUUAUCUGGUUUUUUUUCUUCUCUUUUUGUUGGUUUUUUUUCCUCCUCCUCCUUCUCUUAUGCAUCACAGAUUGUUUAGAAUCACAACUUUGGGUGAGUAGGUGGAUAUAUAUCGUGACGUAAAUAGGAAUCAUUCGCAACCCAAAACAAAAUUUCCAUUCCAAACUCUGCAAAAAAGGGAAACCAUCAAAGUCUUAAAUCACUACCACUUGGAAUUGUAUAUAUAAUGGGAGCUCAAGGAAUUAAUCAACACGAAACGGAGAUCAGUUUUACAAGUUCAGGCAGUCAUGGAUCGAGUCGCCGCCGCAAAUGAUGAAGAAAUACUGGAACUGGAAAUUAAGGCAGGCAUGGAUAGAGGCACUGCGAAUGAGGAAGAAAUACUGGAACUGGAACAUGACUCCUCCGUCGACUACAAAGGUGGCGGUCAAGCCGUCAAAUAUUCCACGGGAGGUUGGAUAUCGGCUUUGUUCAUUAUAGCUGUAGAACUGGCUGAGAGAUUUGCCUACUACGGCGUCUCUUCCAACCUGAUCACAUACUUGACGGGUUCACUUGGCGAGUCCACUGCAACUGCGGCUGCCGGGGUUAACUUGUGGUCUGGGAUAGCUUCAUUGCUGCCCCUGCUUGGUGGUUUGGUGGCUGAUUCUUUCCUCGGCCCUUACCGGACUAUUGUAACAGCUACCAUUGUCUACUUAUUGGGACUAGGCAUGUUGACUCUGCUUGCAGUGCUUACUUCUCAUGACUGCCCAAAAAAUGGUGCUAAAAAAUCAUGUUCUCCUCCUCAAAUCCAUAUAGGUUUGUUCUACUUUGCUUUAUACAUAGUCGCGAUCGGACAAGGUGGACACAAGCCUUGUGUUCAAGCAUUCGGAGCAGAUCAGUUUGAUGGAAAAGACCCAGAAGAGAGCAAAGCCAAAAGCUCAUUCUUCAAUUGGUGGUACUUCAGUUCAUCCGUGGGCGUCAUCGUAACGCUUCUGGUGUUGGUCUACAUUCAGGAUAAUCUCAGUUGGGCGCUCGGAUUCGGAAUCCCCUGUAUUGCAAUGGUAGCUGCGUUGGUCAUUUUCUUGUUGGGAACCAAGACCUAUAGAUUUAGUGCCAAGACAAAGACAAAACACCCAUUUGUGAGAAUUGGUCGAGUGUUUGUCGCGGCGAUUAAGAACUGGAAAAUCACUCCCCUGGCAAUAGAAUUUCAAGAGGAAGGUUCUGGCUCCUCACCUUCCCACAUUUCCAAACAGUUCAAGUUCUUACACAAAGCAUUGUUCAAACCAGCUGGUGUUAUGGAGGAUGGGAAAGGCUGUAGUAUCACAGAGGUUGAAGAAGCAAAGGCGAUACUGAGGCUCGUUCCAAUAUGGGUUUCAUGCUUGGGUUACGGCAUAGUCUUUGCACAAUCAUCAACCUUCUUUACAAAGCAAGGAGUUACAAUGGACAGAAGACUCACUUCAAGCGUCGACAUUCCACCUGCGACCCUACAAAUUUUCAUCGCCACCUCAAUUGCUCUCUUGAUUCCAGUCUACGAUCGAGUUUUCGUUGCGAUAGCAAGAUCUGUAACUAAGAAACCUUCUGGCAUCACCAUGCUUCAGAGAAUAGGAAUUGGUAUGGUCUUAUCCGCUAUGGCCAUGGUAAUUGCCGCUCUAAUCGAGACAAAAAGGCUCAACACAGCGCAAGAACAUGGUCUAGUUAACGUACCGAAAGCAACAGUUCCAAUGAAAAUAUGGUGGUUGGUUCCUCAGUACAUUCUGUUUGGUGCUGCAGAUGUGUUCACCAUUGUUGGUUUGCAAGAAUUCUUCUAUGAUCAAGUCCCAGCUGAGUUGAGGAGUAUGGGUAUUUCCUUUUAUUUCAGUAUUUUUGGUACAGGGAGCCUCUUAAGCAGCCUGCUUGUCUCUGUGAUUAACAAAGCAAGUAAAGAUAGCUGGUUUGAUAGUAACCUUAACCAGGCACAUCUUGAUCGCUUCUAUUGGUUACUGGCUGGACUAAGUGGUGCAGGUUUUGGUUUGUUCCUGUGUUUUGCUAAAUCUUACAUUUAUAAGAGGUAGAUUAUAUUUCUAAAUGUGAUCGAUUUCUUCAACUGUUAGGCCAUGA